CGAAAGAGAGAGAGAGAGAGUGACUUCGUUGGCUUCCUUACAAAAUUAGGCUAUGAGUUUGUUUUAAAAGCUUCCAAGUUUUUUGCAUUAAACAAAUGUUGGAUUUGAACCACACACAUCGACUGUAAAAUGCGAUUGCUUUUCCAAUGUUCAUACUAAUUUAUUUAUUCUGUCCCCAGAGUUUGCAAGUCAACUAAAUCUGUUUAAUAUUAAAAUGAACGAAGCGAGGGAACACAAAGGUAAAACGUAAAAGUAACGUGUAAAGGAAAGGGACCGUUGGGGCUUGAUCUGAUCGGAAUGGGAGAGGAGUCAGUGAGUCAUAUGUAUGAAUGAUGUUAUGAAGUAUCAAAAAUAGGAAAAAAGAAAAAAGGUAAAAAGAAAAUGGUAAGUGGGGGGCACUGGGAUAUAGUCUGAAGCUCUGGGGUAAAUGAACAGAAAAAGUAAAGAGUUGGUAGUUGCAGUAAAAGCUUAAACCGUACAAAAAAGAAAAAUCAGGUGCAGGCAUUUAGCUUCAGACUCCAACUCUUUUUAAGUGUGUCUGAUAAAUUUCCUUUUGUUUUGCUUUCCCCUUUAUUAAAUAAUAAUAAAUAUAUUUUAGUUGCCUUUAUUUUUUAUGGAUUUCCGUAGAGAUGUCAGAGACAAGGGGGUGGCAGGCAGAAGCAGAAGAUGCAGAGAGUUGCAGUCAUAAUAUGAAAGAAAGAGAGAGAGAGAGAAAGCAUUAUAAUCAGAACCAUUAGUUUAGUUUUAAACAUGCACAGAAGAAGAUUCUGCAGCUCAAUGGUCCCUCAAUUAAAUAUACCUAUUCUACUCUGAACUCUCCCUCUAAUAAAACUAAAAACCAUUUUCAACAUCCAUUUCUCCCCUCUCGACUGGAAAAAACAAUGAGCGCAAGAAACAGGUUUCCGUUCACAGCAGCUCAGUGGCAAGAGCUUGAGCACCAAGCUCUGAUCUUCAAGUACAUGGUCUCCGGCGUCCCUAUCCCUCCCGAACUGCUUUACAGCAUUAAGGCAACCUCUUUGGACACUCCUUUCAUUUCCAGGCUCUUUCCUCACCAAUAUCCACAAGUUUCAGCAGUUGGAUGGAACUACUUGCAGAUGGGUUCUGGGAGGAAAAUUGAUCCUGAGCCUGGAAGGUGCAGAAGAACAGACGGUAAGAAAUGGAGAUGCUCCAAAGAGGCAUACCCAGAUUCUAAAUACUGUGAGAGACAUAUGCACAGAGGUAAAAACCGUUCAAGAAAGCCUGUGGAACAAGUUUCGAAAACAACUCCUCUAAACUCUUCUAAUCCAUCCACCCCAGCCAUCUCAUCCAUCACCCACAACUCUGAAACUCAUCCCCAUCCCCACCCUUUUCACUAUCAAAGUCCCUCUGCUGCUUCUUCUUAUCCAUCCUUACUUCCGGAUUACAGAAGAAACAGGUAUGUUUAUGGGGAGAAGGAAGAAGAUUUCUUUGUAAGGGAACAACAUUCUGGAAACGUAAGAGGUUUCACUGGUUCGUCUAUGGAUGAUUCGUGGCAGCUAACUCCUCUGACAAUGAGUUGCUCUUCCUCAUCCUCCAGAUACAAGAACUGCUCUGCUUUACAAGGUGAUUACUCUUCUUACUUACAGCUGCAGAGCUUUGGAAAAUAUAAUGAGAUGCAGAGUAAGAUGGACAGAGAUCAGGAACCACAGAAGACAGUGCAUCAUUUUUUUGAUGAAUGGUCUCCUAAACAUAGAGAGUCUUGGGAUGAUUUGGAUGAUAAGUCAUCUAAUACUGGCUCAGUUUCGGCAACUCGGCUUUCAAUGUCUAUUCCUAACACAGACUCCUUCAUCUUCAGUUCCAAUAAGCGUAAUGAAAACUGAAAUCCUGUGGGUUGCCUUUGGGCAUCUAGCAUUUUGAGAAACAAAUGAAAGACAUCUGGUUUUGUAUCCAUGACCCGGCUGUUACCAAAUUGCAUUACAAAUAAAAGUUUAUUUUAGUUCA